GCCUAAUUGUUUACAAUCUGUUCGACAAAACAUGGCUGCUGUCAAGUGAGCUGUUGAUGGUGUACCGAACAGUUACACUUCACUUUUAUGUUCUCUUUAAUUAUUUUAAAUAUUUGAAUUCAUAAGUGUAAUGUGACGAGGAUAGUUUCAAUAGUGUGCUUUUUUACUUUGGAACCGUCACAAAUUCCUUCACCUGCGAUAGCGUGCCAGUUAGCAUUGGUAGCGACCUAAACUAGCUAGCUAGCUCACAGAGAACAAUGACUGCAAGCUCAUCGGGUGGAAACACCUGUCUCACUGCUAAAGGUUUGGACAUUAGUCUCGCCGCCCUGCAAAGACAAGAUCCUUACAUCAACAACAUUGUAGAUGUGGCGAGUCAAGUGGCGUUGUAUACUUUCAACAACCGAUCAAAUGAGUGGGAGAAGACUGACGUGGAGGGGACCCUGUUUGUGUACACAAGGCUGGCGUCUCCCAGACAUGGCUUCACCAUAAUGAACAGGCUGAAUAUGGAGAACUUGACUGAACCCAUCACUAAAGACCUGGACUUCCAACUGCAGGACCCCUUCCUCCUCUACAGGAACGCUCGCUUAGCUAUCUAUGGCAUCUGGUUCUAUGAUAAGGCGGACUGCCAGCGCAUCGCAGAGCUUAUGAAGAAUCUGACGAAGCAGGAACAGGCCCUAGCCCAGCUGGGUCAACAGGCACAGGGUCAGGGGGGCUUGGUGUCUCCUCGAGCCCUGGAGGCAGCAGGGGACCCUGGGAAGGGACAAGGAGUGGACAUCCUGCAGAUGCUGACCAAAGCACGCAAUGAGUAUGACAAGGGUGGUAAUCCAGAGCCUAAGGAGAUAGGAGGAUGUAAUGUCCUUGAUGACAACCCCAACCUGAUCAAACCUAUCCCUGUCAAACCUAUGGAGAGAUAUCCCCAGGCUGUGCUACAGGAGAGGCCUGUUCAGGAUAGUCAAGGAGAGCCCAGGCCUCUCUCUCUGGCCACUCUGUUUGGUGUCCAGCAGCCCAGACCAGAGCUGGUCUCUCCCAUGGCUGGGUCAGGGUCAGGAGGUCCAGGGUCCCAGCCCCAGGGUAAGCCUGGAGGUGUCCGCCCGGCGGUGGCCCGCUCCCUGUCCUACGAGGACCCAGUCCAGGCCCAGCUCCAGGCCCAGGAAGGGGUUCUGAUCUCGGGUAGCAGCCCCCCACAGCACUGCCCUGCCUUCCAGAAGCUCAUGAGGGAUGCUUCCUCCUUCUCCUCCCAGCCUCAGAACCAGCUCCAGAGAGGGGGUCCCAUGGAGCUGCUCCAACCCGUCUCCGAGUCACCCGAGAACGGAGCCCCCUCUGCCCUCCAACACCACCAGCAGAUCCAGGCCAGACAAGACCCCAUCCAGAGACUGUUCCAGAACCAUCCCACUUCCACCACCCCUUCGAUGGCCUCCUCCACUCCCUGUUGUUCCCACCCCCCUCCUCCUCUCAUCCCUGGCCUCCAGUCUGCCCGUCCUCAGCCUCUCCUGGUGGAUGCUUUGGGCUUCCCUGGUUCUCAACACCAUCACCACCACCCUCACCUCCACCUCCCCCCUCACCAGGCCCAGCCGCUGUACUUCAGACCCACCAAGCCCCCCCAGAUGCUGGUGCCCUUGCAGCCCUCACACCCCUCCCAGUCUCAGCCUCCCACCAAACCCAGCCUGGCCAUCCUCAACCUCAAUCACAGCCCUCUCACCCUUUCCCCUCCUUCCAGCAACCCCAGUCCCACCCCCAGCCCUUUCACCUCCAACCCCAGCCAGGUCACCCCCAGCCGGUGCCUAACUGGUGUCGUCUCCCCCCAUGAGCUGCUCCAGAGGCUGCAGCUGGUUCAACAGGAGCAGAGUCUGGUCCCGGAGCCCACUAGGCCUUCCUCCAACCUGGCCCCCCGCUUCCACGAGCCAGCCCCCCCAGCCAUGGGGCAGCACGGCCAGCAGUCAGCUCAUUCUACAGCCAGGUCUCUGGACAGUUGGGCUGACAUGAACUCUGCAGGCACCGCUGCUCAGAAGUUCCAGGUGAUCUCCCCCAAGCGUAUCCCAGCCACGGUGGCUCCUACCCUCCUCCUGUCCCCCAGUGUCUUCUCCCAGGCCAAGCGCCCCCAGCCCAAAGCCCCUGGGGACCCCCACUGCUCACCUGGCCCUCAUCUUCCCUCAGCCCUUAUGGCCCCACAGGCCCCUGAGGACCCCCACCCCAGGGGCCUCUCUAAGAACCAGCUCCAGGCCACCCUGCUGCACCUCAUACAGAACGACAGUUCCUUCCUGGAUACCAUCUAUGAGUGCUACGCCCACCGCUUCUCCGCGGAAGCCACCGCAAACAAGUUCUGAGGCCAGGGCCCUGUUUUAAUGAGGCACGCAAUGGAAAACGUUUCAAAACGCUUUGCAACGGGAAGUGAUAAUAAGCAUUUCUUAUGGGACAAGUCCAGGGAACCCCUCUCCCUGUUUGUCUGUUUUCUUCCGUUCGGUGCCUAAUGAAUAAGUCCUUGGGGUCAUGCCCAAACCGGCACAAUCAUUUUAUAAUCUAAGCCAUUUGCUGAUCUAGCAAAAUUAGUCUUCCUAAUGUGAGCACUGUGGAUUUAAUCUGUGGAUUCAGAUUACAAGGAAAUUCGAUUUUUGUCAUUUUAAGAUGUUUUUAUCAUAAGAAUACAAUAAUUUAAGGUUGAAUGGGAUAUUGUAGUAGGAGCUAUCAAACAAUUGUACAUGUUUUAGAAUGACUGCACUUGUUUUAAAAGAUACCUCUCAACCAAAAAUGUUUUUCAGGCAUUUGACAAUGUUUAAUUCACUUGAAGUCGGAUUUUCGAAGAAGUUGGAUGAGUUUAUUUGAAUGCUUGUACAGUAUACUGUCUUCAGUAAGUGGAAAGUCCUGUUUAAAAUAUUGCUAAUCUUAAUCUUGUGUUACCUCACAAUCACUGUUGGGGUAAAAGUUUCCCAAAGGAAGAAUUAGACCAUACUGUAGCACCUGCCAUUUAUUUUCAUAACGCGAUUGGCUUUAUUUCCAAAGGUCUGAAACGCAAAUGUACAACAACACGGUUCUUCCAGAAUCUUCUGUGCUCACACACGCUAGACUAGUUUGAUAGUCGGUUUAUAUGAAUCAAGCAAAGGGUUUAAGACACUAUUUUAUGUUACAAGAGAGAGAUGAUAGAAUAUUUAUUUCUAUUUUUCUAUGCUGUUCUCAUACCAUCCCAGUUAUAUUACAUUUAAAAACACACCAUUUUGCAAUGACCUGUACCACUGAAACAGGAAUUAGUUUUAAUUCACACAAUCUGGCAUGUGUCAGUUAUUUUCAAACCUGUGGAAUCUGGAGUCUCAUCAUUUUGUUGUUUUGCUUUUGAAAAAACAUUUUUUUUUUUUUUUUUUUAACGAGUCAAAUAUUCUGAGGGACUGCAAAGCUCACUACAUGACUUGUUUCUUUUGUAAUGAUUGAACGGUCUCUGAACCACAACUGAAUUGGAAAUAAAUGAAUGUCUUCUUCAAACUCUUCAAA